UAUAAAACGUUUGUGUUAGUGACAUAUUGUCAUAAUAACUGGUGUAACGUGACGUUGACGUUACCACUGUUCUAUUUAUUUUUAGGGUCUGUUUAAUUUUGUAGUUUGUUUAUUGAACUAUAGAGAGAAAUUGGGGGACUUAUCUGAAAAUAAUAGGUUAACUAUUUCGGCAACCAGUGAAGGUAUUUAAAUCCACAAUGGGUGUUCCAGCGUUCUUUCGAUGGUUGAGCAGAAAAUAUCCCUCUGUGAUUACUCCUUGUGCUGAAGAUAAACCCGUUGAUGUUAACGGCGUUCGUAUACCAAUCAAUACGGCAAAUCCAAAUCCUAAUGGAGUUGAAUUCGAUAACUUAUACCUGGACAUGAACGGGAUAAUACAUCCUUGUACCCAUCCUGAAAACAAACCAGCACCGAAAAACGAGGACGAAAUGAUGAUUGCUAUAUUUGAAUGCAUAGACCGGAUGUUCAGUAUUGUCAGACCAAGAAAAGUUUUAUAUAUGGCCAUUGACGGAGUAGCUCCACGAGCUAAAAUGAACCAACAGCGUUCUAGGCGAUUCAGAGCCUCAAAAGAAACUCAGGAAAAAAUACAGGAAAUGAAGAGAAUUCGAGCAGAGCUUUUACUUAAAGGAGCUAUCCUGCCACCGGAAAAGCCAAAGGAGGAACAUUUUGAUUCUAACUGUAUUACACCAGGUACCCCUUUCAUGGCGAGAUUAUCCGAUUGCUUGCAUUAUUACAUUCACGAGAGGCUGAACAAUGAUCCAGGGUGGCAAGGUAUCAAAGUUAUCUUGUCAGAUGCAAAUGUUCCUGGAGAGGGCGAACAUAAAAUUAUGGACUACAUUCGCAAACAAAGAGCUCAACCGGACCAUGAUCCCAAUACUCAGCAUUGCUUGUGUGGUGCAGAUGCGGAUCUGAUUAUGUUGGGAUUGGCGACGCAUGAACCAAAUUUCACGAUUAUUCGAGAGGAAUUCAAACCAAACCAGCCAAGGCCGUGUGAACUUUGUGGACAAUUGGGACAUGAAAUGAAAGAUUGUACAGGGGCAUGCAGAAUUGAAGAGGUUGUUCCAGAUCAUUCUUUGAGCUCUGAGGUGGAAUACAUAUUUGUCAGGUUGAAUGUCCUAAAGGAAUACCUCGAGAAGGAACUUCAGAUGCCAAAUCUGCCUUUCAAAUAUGAGUUUGAGAGGGUCAUAGAUGACUGGGUGUUCAUGUGCUUCUUUGUCGGCAAUGAUUUCCUACCACAUCUACCCAGUUUGGAAAUCAGAGAAGGCGCCAUAGAUCGAUUAGUGGGGCUCUAUAAGGACUGCGUUUAUAAAACUGGGGGAUACCUGACAAACAGCGGUGAAGUUAACUUGGAGAGAGUUCAACUCAUCAUGUUGGAAUUGGGAAAAGCUGAAGAUGAAAUUUUCAAGACGAGGCAACAGAAAGAGAUUCAAUUCAAGGCGAGAGAAAAGGCAAAGAAGCGACGUACGGAUAGCUUCAAUGCCCACAGACCCAAUUGGAAUCUUGUACAAGACACUCAGUUUGCGCCUCAAGCAAUCGGACAGCAGAGAACCGUCACGAAUGCCAGGCAAGAGGCCUACAAUAUUCGUAGGGCAGGAAUGCACUCGCAAGCAGAAGUGAAGCUACAGACAACUAACGCGAAAAACGCAUUGGAAGCCAUGUUUAGACCAGCAGGUUCUGAACAAGAUGCCUCUGAUACCAGGAAGAGGAAGUUGGAGGACGAUUUAGACGAGGAAGAGGUUCAUGAUGAAGUUAGAUUGUGGGAAGAUGGUUUCAAGGAUCGUUAUUAUGAGUCGAAAUUUGAUGUCGGCCCUGAUCAGAUGGAAUUCAGACAUUCCGUGGCUUUGCAUUACGUCAGAGGAUUAUGUUGGGUGUUGAGGUAUUACUACCAAGGAUGUGCAUCGUGGAAAUGGUAUUUUCCAUAUCAUUAUGCACCUUUCGCUUCUGAUUUCUGUAAUAUUGCAGGCCUAAGUACAGAAUUCGAAAUGGACACUAAACCAUUCCGACCUUUAGAACAACUCAUGGGAGUGUUUCCUGCAGCUAGUAGCAAACAUGUGCCAGGUCCAUGGGCGGAAUUGAUGUCAGAUCCGGACUCUCCAAUUAUCGAUUUUUACCCGGAAGACUUCAAAAUAGACUUGAACGGCAAAAAAUUCGCGUGGCAAGGCGUAGCCCUCCUUCCGUUCGUAGACGAAAAAAGACUUUUCAAAGCUCUGGAACCGUAUUACAAGAAGUUGUCACCGGAAGAAAUCAAACGUAACAUGAGAGGAGACGACAAACUCUAUGUCUCAAAGAAGAAUUCUGGUUAUGACGUGUUGACCAAUUUAUAUACUCAGAAGGUGGAUAAGAAUGCCGAGUGUGCAGUUUCGAUUGACGGUAUGAGGGGAACGGUGCUAGUUUCAGAAAUUUGUGUCCGAAUUGGAGGAAUCUUGAAUUCUCCAGUGAGCGACUUGGCACCCCUGGAAGAUAACGUGGUGUGCUGUGUAAGAUUCAGAGAUCCCGCAUAUAAGCGAGGUUACAUUUUCCAAGCUGUCAAACUAAAAGGAGCCAAAGAUCCCCCUAAAGUUUUGAAACCUUCCGACCUGAAUCCUCAACAACAACGGAAUUGGAGACCACAGAUAGGAAUGGCGCCUUCUACACAAAGGGCACAUUUGGACAUAUCUGGCCACAGAACAAUAAAUCACUAUACCCCAAAACCUCAGGGACAAUACGGCAAUGUACCACCACCAAAUCAUGGCAGAGGGGGCUAUCAAGGAGGCGGUAGCAAAUACAACCAGAGGUCCUUCGACAAUCAUGGUUCUUCCUCGUACCAAGAACAAAGCUACGGCGGCAGAGGGUACAACAAUUCUGGAAGCUACAACAAUUCUGGAAGCUACAACAAUUCUGGAAGCUACAACAAUUCCAGGGGAUACGGCAACUCCGGGAGCUAUAGCUCCGGAUGCUACAACUCCCGGGGCCGGGGCAACUCGAGAGGAGGUUACAAUAAUUCAGGUAACCACAACCAAAGCUACGGUCAACAUCAGAGUCAGAAGAGACCGCCAGGACCGUAUCGGGAUUCAUACGAAUCCUCAAAUAGAUACAGCUACAGGAAAUAGGCGGGGACGAAGAUAGGAAUUCAACGGGUGAUUGCAAAUGUACAAAGGGGUAUACUAAGUAAAGUCUGGUACAACAGUU